UUUCUCGAUUUUCUUUUACUCUCUGCAACUGAACCAUCAAAUUCAAGAAAAGCUUGGUUCUCUCUUCCAAUGGCAACCAAAACCCCAACCCUAACCCUUAUGAUCCUCUCUGUCUUCUUCUUCUUCUCCAUCUCCAUGACCACCUCUCUCCCCACAUCAACACUCGUGCGAGCAGCAGAGAUGCUCUCAAAUUCGGGCUACUUAUCAAUGUCACUAACUCUCCAACUCAUUUCCAGCACUUGGAUAAUCCCUCAUUCUCCUUCUUUAACCAUUUUCUCUCCUUCUGAUUCUGCUUUUGCUCAAUCUGGCCAACCCUCUCUUUCUCUUCUCCAAUUCCAUUUAUGCCCUCUCUCAUUCCAUCUUAAUUCCCUUAGAGCCCUCCCUUUUGGUUCAAAAAUCCCAACUUUAUCUUCUAAUCUCUCUAUCACCAUCGUUAAUGAUGACAAUGGGACUGUUUUUCUAAAUGGUGUCAAGAUUCUUGGGUGUCCGUACGAUGAUGGGUCUUUGGUUGUUCUCGGUGUCGAUAAGUUUUUAGACCCUGAUUUCGUUGUUUCUUUAGCAUCGCCACCAUCACCAGUGCCAGUUCCAAGUGCAAAUCUUGCAUGUGGGUCUGAUUUUAAAAAUGGGGUUUACUUGUUUAAAGAGGCUACUAAUGUUUUGAGAUCAAAUGGGUGUUCUGUUAUGGGUUCCUUUCUUGAUUUGCAGUUAAUGAGUGGUUUUAAGGAAAAGCAAAGGCCUUUAUUAACUGUGUUUGCUCCACUUGAUGAAGUGAUGAAGGGUUUUAUUGGUGACGUGGAUCAGUAUUCUCUAAUCUUUCUUAGACAUGUUGUGCCUUGCAAGAUUACCUGGAAAGAUUUGGUUGAUUUUGAUGAUGGGAUGGUCUUUGAUACUUUUCUGGAGGGUUUUGGGAUUACUGUAAGUAGAUCUGGUGAUAUUUUGAUGCUUAAUGAAGUUCCUGUUAGCUUUCCUGAUAUGUAUCGCAAUGAGUGGCUUGUUGUUCAUGGCCUUAGAGGCAUGCUUGACGGACCAGAUAGGCAACAAGAAGUCAGAAAAUCUUCUUCUCAGUUCUUGAAUGACGAUGAUUUCUGAAGCUUUCAUAACAGGCCUUUAACAAUGAUUGCAUUUCGCUUCUGGUAAAAUAUGUUCAGAUUACUUUUGUUUCUUUUAGUUCAAUGUAGAUUUGGUCCUGUAGAUAUCUAGUUUAGUUUUUUGGGUUCUCCUGUCUGUUUGAUGCAGCUCAAGAAAAAAUUUCUGCUUUAUGUUUGAAUUUCAAGCCUUUUCCAUUAAGCUGGCACACAGUAUGUAGCGA